AUCCCAUCAGCGGUUUACCAUGAAGCACUGGCGGGUAACAUACAACGAUAUUCACAAUCUCAUUCGCAAGGGCACCCCCAAGGUUGCAGCUGAAUUCAAUCCAGAUCUCCUCGUUGCGAUUGGAGGCGGAGGCUUUUUCCCUGCGCGUGUCAUGCGCACGUUCCUCCGGGAACAAACCGCCAAAAAGACAUUGCAGAUCCAGGCAAUCGGCCUAUCGCUGUACGAACCGGUUGAAGGGAGUACGGUUGAGCAGAUUGGACAAGAGGUCGUACGAACACAAUGGCUGGGCCCUGACGCAGGCAAGCUCCUCGUAGGCAAGCGUACACUUGUCGUCGACGAAGUCGAUGACACCCGUAAAACAUUGCACUACGCCCUAUCGGAACUGCAAAAGGACGUCGACAAGGAACUGGCUUCGUAUCCAGAGUCAGAACGCGACGCCCUUCGAGCGGCGACACGGUUUGGCGUCUUUGUCGUGCACAACAAGAUCAAGCCCAAGCUCGCUGAAUUGCCUGCCAGUAUUCCGUACUAUGCCGGCGAAGAGGUAGGCGAUGUCUGGCUCGAUUACCCUUGGGAAAUGAUAGAUAUUGAAGAGCACGACCGGCUUUCCGGGACACAGUUGAUAUAACGUAGAUAGAAAUCUUGAAUACAGAGAGUGAAUAAAUUUAUAGGGUUUU